CCCCCAUCCCGAUGCCGGUAGUCGUGGCUGUAGCUGCAGCCGCCUCCUGAGCUGACCCGGCUCUGGGGACUGGCCUCCCGCUGGCGCCUUUCGAGUUCUCCAGUUGUCUUCACUGAGGAUGAAUCCUUGCGCUACUGUAUAUCGACCUCGCGGAGACCACCGGCGCAGUUUCAUCUAGCGACUGGUCACCCUUGCAAUUAUGGAUAUUUAAAAGGAUUAGACAGUGUGGAGGGGGAGUUCCCCUCCUCACUCCCCCUUGGUGCUUGACUCCAGGAAUAAUUUAAAAACUGUGGAACUUUUUUAAAAUGAAGAGCUUGUAUUUGAUAUGAACUUUAUAGAACUAUUUAUAAUUUUUUUGAUUUAAGUGCCAAAAAAUUGUAUAAAGAUAUUAGUUUUAUACUAUUGUCAUAAGGAUUUAAAUUAUAAUCCUAAAAAGUCAUUUAUUCUCUGUAAUUCUUCCUAAAUAACACCUUUGUGUCCUGGCUUUGUCAUUUUUAAAAAUUAAUCUUGACUGACUAUUCUGAAGAAGUAAGCAGUAUAAAGACAAUUAGGAUGAAUUCUCUCAUCCCUGACUGCACAUCAAAAUGUCAAUCCCUGAAGCAUGCUUUGGAUGUCCUUUCUGUGGUAACAAAGGGGAGUGAAAACCAGAUUAAGGCCUUUCUCUCCAGUCAUUGUUACAAUGCUACAACUAUCAAGGAUGCCUUUGGCAGGAAUGCCCUACACCUUGUUUCCUCCUGUGGAAAGAAAGGAGUGUUAGAUUGGCUUAUUGAAAAAGGAGUGGAUCUGUUGGUGAAAGACAAGGAGUCAGGGUGGACAGCAUUGCACCGAAGCAUUUUUUAUGGACAUAUUGAUUGUGUUUGGUCUCUAUUAAAGCAUGGUGUUAGCCUUUAUAUUCAAGAUAAAGAAGGUUUGUCAGCUUUGGAUCUUGUAAUGAAGGAUAGACCAACUCAUGUAGUAUUCAAGAAUACUGAUCCUACAGAUGUCUACACUUGGGGUGAUAAUACAAACUUUACCCUGGGUCAUGGAAGCCAGAAUAGCAAACAUCAUCCAGAGUUGGUGGAUCUGUUCUCCAGGAGUGGAGUUUAUAUAAAGCAGGUAUUUGGAACUUAUGUUUCCUGCAACUUCCUAAUUGUAUUCUUUCUGCAUUUUGAAAUUGAUAAAACUACUUUUGACCCAGAAUAUGAGAUCCCUAGGCUCGUGGAAGGACUGAGUGGUCAUAAUUGUUCCCAAGUGGCAGCUGCUAAGGAUCAUACUGUUGUAUUAACUGAAGAUGGAUGUGUUUAUACAUUUGGUCUAAAUAUUUUUCAUCAGUUAGGAAUUAUUCCUCCACCUUCCAGUUGUAAUGUACCCAGACAGAUGCAGGCAAAAUACCUGAAAGGAAGGACAGUCAUAGGAGUAGCAGCAGGCAGGUUUCAUACAGUUCUAUGGACUAGAGAAGCUGUUUACACCCUGGGACUAAAUGGUGGACAACUAGGUUAUUUACUAGAUCCUAAUGGAGAAAAGUGUGUAACUGCCCCUCGUCAAGUCUCUGCCCUUCAUCAUAAGGACAUCACUCUGUCUUUGGUUGCUGCAAGUGAUGGAGCCACAGUCUGUGUUACCACAAGGGGUGAUAUUUACUUACUUGCAGAUUAUCAGUGCAAGAAGAUGGCUUCUAAACAACUGAACUUGAAAAAGGUUCUUGUGUCUGGUGGUUGUAUGGAAUACAAAGUUGAUCCUGAACAUUUGAAAGAAAAUGGGGGUCAAAAUAUUUGCAUUCUUGCAAUGGAUGGAGCUGGAAGGGUUUUUUGCUGGAGAUCAGCCAGCAGUUCUCUGAAGCAGUGCCGAUGGGCCUAUCCACGUCAGGUCUUCAUUUCUGAUAUUGCUUUAAGUAGAAAUGAAAUUCUGUUUGUCACACAGGAUGGAGAAGGAUUUAGAGGGAAAUGGUUUGAAGAAAAAAGGAAGAGUUCUGAAAAGAAAGAUAUUUUAUCAAACCUUCAUAAUUCCUCAUCAGAUGUGUCUUGUGUCUCUGAUAUAAAUAGUGUAUAUGAACGAAUUCGACUUGAGAAACUUACUUUUGCCCAUAGAGCUGUUAGUGUCAGCACAGAUCCAAGUGGAUGCAACUUUGCAAUCCUGCAGUCAGAUCCUAAAACAAGCCUUUAUGAAAUUCCAUCUGUGUCGUCAUCAUCCUUUUUUGAAGAGUUUGGCAAACUGUUGAGGGGAACGGAUGAAAUGGACAGUAUCCAUGAUGUGACAUUUCAAGUUGGAAAUAGAAUCUUCCCUGCACAUAAAUAUAUUUUGGCAGUACAUUCUGAGUUUUUUCAGAAAUUGUUUCUUUCAGAUGGUACUACUGCAGAAUUUACAGAUGUUUACCGGAAGGAUGAAGAUUCUACAGGAUGCCAUCUCUUUGUGGUAGAGAAGGUUCAUCCUGACCUGUUUGAAUACAUUUUACAAUUUAUAUACACAGAUACUUGUGACUUUUUAACUCAUGGCUUCAAACCAAGAAUACACGUAAACAAAAAACCAGAAGAGUAUCAGAGCACUCUGAAUUCUCAUUUGAAUAAAAUGAAUUGCUGUGAAGAUGAUAAUAAGAAAUCAACAUUUGAAGUUAACAAGAAUAAUCAAGCUCAUACAUUCAGUGAAAGGCAGAAAAGUAAACCUAAAUCCUGUAAAAAAGGAAAAAGUGUUGGGGAAGAUGAUCCUGUAAGAAUGUUGCAAAAUGUUGCAAAGAAAUUUGGCUUCAGUAAUUUGAGUAGUAGGUUAGAUGGAGUAAGAUUCGAAAAUGAAAAAAUUAAUGUUAUUGCUAAGAAAACUGGUGAUACACUGAAGCUAAAUCAGAAAAAAUGGUCUCUUGAUGUUUUAAGCGAUGGUGUUUUGAAGGAUCUUUCUAUAUUUUAUCGAAAAAUGGCUUCCAGUUGUGCAGCUCUGGAAAUGCCAAUACAUUCUGACAUAUUAAAAGUUAUUUUGGACUACCUCUAUACUGAUGAAGCUGUGGUGAUAAAAGGAUUAUUAAAGUCUGGUAAGACCAAUUCUGUGGAAUCUCUUCCAGAACUCUUGACAUCAGACUCUGAAGGAAGCUAUGCGGGACUGGGUAGUCCUAGAGAUUUACAGUCCCCUGAUUUUACAACAGGAUUUCAUUCAGAUAAGAUCGAGGGUAAAGUUAAACCAUAUGUUAAUGGUAUACCUCCUACAUAUUCUAAGGAAGAUUUAAAACCCUGGGAAAAGUCACCAAUACUUAAAAUAUCUGCUCCGCAGCUCAUUCCCAGUAACAAAAUUGAUACUACCAGCUCUUCCAGUUGGGUUGCUGGCUCUUUCAGUCCUGUCAGUCCUCCUGUUGUGGAUCUCAGAACCAUCAUGGAAAUAGAAGAAAGUAGACAAAAAUGUGGAGCUACACCAAAGUCAAAUUUAGGCAAAAUGAUUUCGCAUGGAGUUAAACUUUCUCAGAAGCAACGAAAAAUGAUUGCAUUGACUACCAAAGAAAAUUCAGGAAUGAAUAUCAUGGAAGCAGUUUUAACCACUCCUUCAAAAGCCCCCAAACCAGUGAAUGCAUGGGCAUCUUCUCUACAUUCAGUAUCAUCCAAGUCAUUCCGUGAUUUUUUAGUAGAAGAAAAAAAGUCUAUGACUGGUCAUAGUUCAGGAGAUCAUGUCAAAAAAGUUUGUUUUAAAGGAAUUGAAAGUUCUCAGACUCCAAAAGUUGUAAGAUGCUCUGCUCGUGGUACCCCAGGACCAGAAGGCAACCACAUUUCAGAUUUACCACUUCUAGACAGUCCCAAUCCCUGGCUGUCUUCCUCAGUGACUGCUCCUUCUGUGGUAGCCCCGGUCACUUUUGCAUCUAUUGUAGAAGAAGAACUACAACAGGAAGCAGCUCUUAUCAGAAGUCGGGAAAAACCCUUGGCUCUGAUUCAGAUUGAAGAACAUGCAAUACAAGAUUUAUUGGUUUUCUAUGAAGCAUUUGGCAACCCUGAUGAGUUUGUCAUUGUUGAAAGGACACCACAGGGACCACUGGCAGUACCUAUGUGGAAUAAGCAUGGAUGCUAGUUCACUAUGGAGUUGAGAUGCAUUUUUCACAAUUAUGAUUAUUAUAGUGGUAUAAAGAAAAGCUGUGGAAAGAGUUCUUACAGAUUUGGUAACAGAUCAUUUUAGGUAGAAUAAGAAGGAUCUAAUUCCUUUAAUACAGUUUAAACAUAUAAUGCUUGUAUGAUUAAAAAAUUCCUGAAAAUUGUG